AUGGAAAUAAUAAAACAAAAACAUUCACCUUGGAAAAGACUCCUACAUAAAUGGCAAUCUAAAAGAAAUAUCCCAUUCCGUCGGAAAUUUUUUGUAGGUUAUGACCUAGCAGGUAAUACAUAUUGGGAAUUUACAAUCGAUGGGAAUUUAUCAAGAUUAAGAAGAAAAUUAGAACCAUUUCAACAACAAGUGUUUAAGGUUGAUUAUUUUAAAACCAUUCCACCACAAUGGUUACAAUGGCUACGUAGAACGAGGAACAAUCCACCUACUUUAAAUGAAUUGGUGGGGGAUCAAGUUAGACAACAGAAGUUGAAAGUUUUAGCUAAACAAGCUGAUGAUAAAUGGCAAUUUGAGAAGUUACAGAUGGAGCAGGAUAAUCAAAUGAAAUUACAAGAUGAGUUGGAUAGAGUUGAACGAGAAAGUAGGAAGAUUGAAGAACCACUGAAAAUAGAGAAUAGCGUAAUAGAGAAAGAGACCAAAGAAAAUCCAUGGAAGCAAGCAGAUGAAUCAAUAAAUUCAAAUCCAAUAGAGUCAGCGACAAUAAAACCAAGAAACUAA